AUGACUCAAAGCGCCGCCUUACUGACGCCAAUUGCCAUAGAGUUCUUAAGAAACGAUGUUUUUCGUGAACUUCCUCUCGCCGAGUCGGUGUCAACCAGGCAGACCCGACCGCCUCAGAAGCAAGCCUUAACUUCCACCUGUCUCCAUCCUUCACUUGCAAAGGCUUCACUGAGUCAGAUCAAUUUGUUCAUAUCUAUCUUUCUAUAUAUCACCAUCCAUAUCUAUCUAUCUAUCUGUACUUCAGUUUGUGCAUAUCUAUCUAUCUAUACUUCAGUCUGUUCAUAUCUAUCUAUCUAUCUAUCUAUCUAUCUAUCUAUCUAUCUAUCUGUACUUGUCUCUUCAUAUCUAUGUAUGUAUGUAUGUAUGUAUGUAUGUAUCUAUCUAUCUAUCUAUCUAUCUAUCUGUAUCCUUCAAUUCGUCAUUCAUUCGUUUCUCUCCCUUCAAACAAAUGACAUCAUUUCAUUUUUCUCUCUUUCUUUCCCGUUGCUCAUUUUCCCGCUACAUUUUUAUUUCCAUAUAUAUUUUUUUUGUUUUUGUUUUUGCUUUCUACCUUCCCUUCAAUCUUUCACCUUUCUCUUUUCCCUCUUUUCAUCCCUAUAUGACCAAAAAAUAAUUACCCGCCCUGUAAUGGCGAUUUGA